AUGUUUAACCGAGAAGGGGUCGAGCAAUCACCGAAACCGGCUGAUUCUCACGGUGUCGCAGUACUUCUUGGAUUUCAGAACUACAUUACCAUGCUCGGCACGUCGGUGCUUAUUCCGGUUACUGUCAUACGAGCGAUUGGUAGAGAACCGGGUGAUCUAGCGAGGACAAUACAAUCCGUGCUGUUCGUUACUGCGAUCAAUACUCUUGUGCAAACAGGCCUUGGCUCUAGACUGCCAACAGUAAUGGGAAGCUCCUUCUAUUUCUUACCAAUGAUGCUGUCCAUUGUUAGCAGACGUGGGAUUAUCGAUUACCCAGACCCUAAUGAGGUGCCUCACAUUCUACUCUGGAUUUGUAACUCCCUUCAUAUCAAUGGGGAUACAAUGUUGUCGAACUCUAUCUUCGCUGCUCGCAAUGAACAAAGGUUUCUGAGGGGAAUGCGAGCCACUCAAGGAGGUUUCAUCGCCGGAUCGGCUUUGAACAUCGUACUUGGCUUCAGCGGCCUCUGGGGAGUCGCCUUCACAUACAUCAGUCCCAUUGUAAUUGCACCGAUCACAAUUCUCGUGGGAUUAGGGAUAUUCGAGCAUGGAUUUCCCGGGGUUGCGAAGUGCGUUGAGAUCGGCAUUCCUGCUCUCCUCCUCUUCCUUCUCUUCUCAAAGCGUAGAUGCCUCUUUUGCUAUUGUCCUGACUCGAGGAAUCCGUAUCCUCUGCAAUGGGGUGCCCCUACGUUUACCGCAGGUGAUGCUUUCGGUAUCAUGACGGGUGGUUUUGCUUCUCUUCUCGAGUCCACGGGUGAGUUCUAUUCACUCUCUCGACUUUCAGGUGCAACGCCGCCACCCUCUUAUAUUAUCAGCAGAGGAAUUGGGUGGCAAGGGAUUGGACUCUUGUUCAAUGGAUUCUGGGGAACAUCUACCGGCACUACCGUAGCGCCAGAGAACGUUGGGCUCGUGGGCUUGACUCGAGUGGGAAGCAGAAGAGUGGCCGAGAUCUCUGCAGGUUUCAUGCUCUUCUUCUCCAUUUUUGGAAAAUUUGGUGCUGUGCUCGCCUCAAUUCCUCAGCCCAUCGUUACAGCAUUUCUUUGCAUCAACUUCGGCGUGGUUGUGGGCACUGGAAUAUCUAUGUUCCAGUUCGCUAACAUGAACUCAACACGCAACAUAUUCGUUGUGGGAUUCUCCCUCUUCAUGGGGUUAUCGGUUCCUCAGUACUUCAAUGAGUUUUCGCUGCGUUCUGGACACGGUCCCGUGAAUACGAAUUCCCCAUGGUUCAACAACAUCCUCAGUGCCUUCUUCUCCUCUUCAAUGAUCGUGUGCUUCGUGGUGGGGACCGUGCUGGACACCACCCUCACCCGUCAUGUAUCCAAGUGGUGCCGCGUGUCCGCCACGUCGUCACGGCACGAUUUUCCACUUGGCAUUCUGAUCUUCCCGGCAACGUCACAUUUAUUUUCUGCCCGUGCGGACUUGGUGGCGGCUUCGUGCUCGGCUUCACGCUUUGAUCCUCACUUUUUGCUAUUCACUCAACGCGUGAUUGGAUGCUGA